CCCGCCACUGCCUGGUGGCACUGACUGCUGCGGGACCCCAUCACUGCCUGGUGGCACCGAGAGCUGCGGGACCCCAUCACUGCCUGGUGGCACCGACAGCUGCGGGACCCCAUCACUGCCCGGUGACACCGACAGCUGCGGGACCCCAUCAGCACCCAGUGGCACUGACGGCUGCAGGACCCGCUCGUCGCCUGGCAGCACCAGUGUCUGCGAGACCCCUUGCUGCCUGGUGGCACUGACAGCUGUGGGUGCCAGGACCUGAGGGCACCAUGACUGUGCUCAAGCUGUCCCUUAUGGCCUUCAGCUUUGUCUUCUGGGCAGCGGGGCUGACCAUGUUCAUCAUCGGCCUCUGGGCCAAGGUUUCUCUGGGGACCUACCUGGCACUGUCAGCCAACGACUACCCCAGUGCCCCUGCCAUCCUCUUGGCCACCGGCAUUGCUGUCCUCAUCUGGGGCUUCCUGGGCUGCUUCAGUGCCGCCACGGAGCAUCAGGGACUCCUGCGUGCCUACAGCACCUUCCUGACAGUCGUGCUGGCAGCUGGACUGACAGCAGGGCUCUCGGCACUCCUCUACCGCCAGAACAUUGCACGGGGUUUCCAUGAAGGGCUACGCCAGGCCCUGCUCACCUACGGGGAGGACGAGGGGAUGGCGGAUGCCCUGGAUGCUUUGCAGCGUGCCUUGUCCUGCUGUGGUGUAGAGAGCUAUCACGACUGGCUCACAUCUCCUUGGGGACUGGAGCAAAACGGGUCGGUGCCCUUCAGCUGCUGCCGGGUCCGGCGGGGUUGCCAGCACAGCCUGCCCAAACCACACGGGCUGCACCACGAGGGUUGCUUCAGCAAGGUGUCAGUUUUUGUCAGCAGCAACAUGUUUUACAUUGCCACGUCUGCCCUGGGAUUGGCACUCCUGCAGCUCAUUGGCAUUGUGCUGUCCUGCCUGCUGGCUACUCGCGUUCCUACCCACCUGCUGGGCAUUGCUACCCCACGCUGAGAUGCUCUGCAGUCCUGUCCCCUAUUCCCUCCAGCUCCUGUCUUUGGUCUAUUUGGGUGCAUCUCACCUGGAAAAUGCCCCCUUCAUAGUCCUCAUUUCCACCUAAGCUGCCUCCUCCAGACUCCAUUCCUCCUCUGGAGGCUGUGUCAGGUGCAUUAAUGUCACAGACAUCUCCAAAGCCCCUCAGGGAAGGUGUCUCGUGGCCUGGCUGUGCCCACUGCAGGGCAGCAGAUCCUCACUGCCCCCUGGAACCUCUGGACCACUUCUGCAGAGAGUGAUGGCAGCAUGGACAGACAUUGCACUUUGGGGAAGUGAGGACAGCUGGGUCAAGGCUGACCACUUUUCUGGUGGGUAUAAACGUCCCAAGACCCUGAAAUGGGAGUCAGAAAAGAGAAGAGGAGGCUCUGGGAAACCAAGAGAGGUGUCUCUCCACAUUGCACUGGGGCUGAGAAGACCUUAAACUUGCAUUCCUGUCAUACAGGUGGAUGGCAUAAGCUGUGGGAUCAGACCUGACUAAUGGUGACAAGAGGAGGGAAGGGCACAGUGACCUUCAGAAUUUUUUUUUGACAUUUGACUUCAGAGUAAGUGGACCAGACUUUGUGUUCCCCAGAAGAGUUUCUAAAAACCAGACAUCAGACUCUUUGACAUUUUCCUUUUUCAAAGGAUCUCUCUGAAGUGUGCCCUAACCCACAUUUUUGAAUCCAACUCCAUAGAUCCUGCGAGUAAACAGAGGACCCCAAGACUUGCUAUGUAGCCCUGAGUGUGUGCAGGACAGACAACAGGGUAAAUCUACUGGAUUUUUUGACUUGUGUUUGGAGCUUUAGGGAAAGCGAGCCCCACACUUUAGAGGGUCCUGAAGUUCACCUUUGCUUCUUCCCACAUCUCUAAAACCUCUGAGGUGGACUUUUACAUGUUUCUCUGCCUCGCAGCACAAGGACAAGCUGAAUACCCCUUACCUAGCAAACGGAGGAGAGAGGAUUUCAUAAAAGAACCAAGGACCACAAAAGGAACGCCAGGAUAUGGUGUUUUUGGGGAACAUGGCUAGCAAAACUGGGGAGAAUGGUCAAAUGGCAACAAAUAUGAGCAGGAUGUAAAUCUUUAAUGAAAGAGAUGACUGAUGGCUUCAUGGGAGGAGCGGAGUACCCCUGCAGAAAGGGGGAUUAGCUGUGAAGCUCCAGUGCCCAAGUAAAAGAAUGCAUAGAGUGAAGGGUGAGCAAGGCUUCCCUCAUUUUCUUCCUUGCUUGCCUUUACUGCUUUUGACUACAUUUCUGCCGCCUUCUUUUCCUCCCAUUGAAGAGCAACUGCUUGGCUGCAAGGAUGAGCCAGGCAGAGCCUCUGUUCCAUCAGUGUGGGAGGCGAGAUGUUCUCCUUCUGCUCACUUUGGGAGAAGGAGCUGGCCAUUCCCACUGGAGCAGCCGUACCCACUCACUCUGUUCAGGCAGGCAAAGGGAGAGAAAACCCAUCCAUCACCACCUGUCCAUGAGGUAAACCAGAUCAAAUGCAGAGCUAACUCUCCCACCACUGGUUUAAAUCCUCACGACUUCUACACCUAAAAGAACCUUGCCUUGAUAUUUCUGUGCUUUCUCCCUGCAUGUUUUCUCCCAGGUCAAAACAUGUAUUUACUUGGAAAGAUUCUGUCUUCAUGUAUCUUUACUGCUUUUAACAGUUUAUACCAUUUUAAAAUACCUGGAAAUGCUACCAUUUCCUUGCCUUUGGUUAUAGCAAAGCCCUUUUGUUUUACUCCUGCCAUCCUUCUUCUUGGUGGGAGGGAUUGCUCAAGUUUGUGGUGGAUUUGUUCCUCCUGCAAGAUUGUGAUUUUUUCUGACCUAGGAAUAGUGCUGCAAUUUGGCCUGCUCAUAACUGACCCUGACGUGUUGGACUGCCCUCAUAAAGGUGUAGUAUUCUUGCAGAGUAAAGCAGGCUUGUCCAGAGAACAUAAAGGGAACUUCCCCCAAAUUAUAUUAAAAAUUGCACAAGCUUAAUGGUAGUUGACAAUGUGAAAAAAAAACCAGACCAAAACAAUGUAAAUAAGUGUUUUCAUGAAAAAAUGAGGUUGCUCUCCAUUAUGUAAAAUAGUCUAAAGUUUAAAUGAUGUUCCAGCUGAGGACUGCUGAAUCCAGAAUGGUAUUUACAAGUAAAAAUCCACAAGGACAAGCAGGGAGCAUCCAGCACUUGCUGGAGUCCAGGUGCACAAAUGGAUUUUAUAGAUUUUUUUAAAAAUUCCCUAAUUUGCCUUGGUUAUGGAAAUAAUUCCCUUGGGGUCAGUUCUGUCAACCAAAGCUCUAAAGAUCAAAAACAGAAGAAGAGAAACUGAGUUUUUAUUUUUGGAGAGUGAUUCCAGUCUGCAUGGAUGGAUCUUGAGAUUCUGAGUGAGCAGCUAUUUUGUGUUUAGGUGUUAGCAGUGACUUUAUCUUAACUGUCCCUUUCCUCAGGGAUUCGGUGUCUGUGUAACUAUGAUAAUCAUGUUCCAGGUAAAGAGUGUAGUGUAAAGAGGCUUCUUAUUCAUUUGACUAUUCAUCUGGAUGAACUUUGAAAAUGUGUUGAGAGCCUGUCUUUAUGGAGAAGACUGCUUCGUUUUUUAGCUCUGAUGUUCUUUGUUUAUUGGUUUACAUAAUAUAAUUUUUUUUGUUGCUGUUUGUAAAUGUUCCUGUAUUAACACCACAUUUUUUUGAGUUUUGUAGUAGUGGAACUCUUGUUAUUUUCCGGAAAUCAAUGUUGUGUUGUACGGUUUUAACAAUGGACACAAAGUAUAGUUUGUAUGGGAAAUGGUACUUCAGAAAUAAAGUUUAGCAAGUGCUAUGAGUGAAACAGGUUGUUGUUUCAAAGCUUAUUCAGUAUUUGUUUUUCUGUAUGUCUCCUCAUUGUUCAACUAAGUGCAAGUGGAAUGAAGUGUACACUGAAAUGUAAAUACAGAAGCAUAUAAUUGGUUUUUUAUUUUUAUUCAGAAGAUCCAUUAAAGAAGCAAUAAAACAGGCAGUGGGGAGAAUGUGGGAAAGGGACAUGGAGUUGCAUGGGUUUAUCACAAUGUUCUUCCUUAUCUGAAUCGAUAAGCCCUGAAAAUUUGAAAGAGUAUGGCAUGGCUCUUUUUUUUUUUUUCCUCAACUGAUUACUAAAUACAUUUCUCAUCCUGACCAUGGUUAUGUUGAGUUAGUCAGUAGGACCCCCUGGGAUGUGGUCCUCAGGAACGAGGGAGCAGAACAGAGCUGGCAAAUGUUUAAGCGUGCUUUCCAUAAAGCACGAGAGCACUCAGUCCCCAGAUGCAGGAAACUGGGCAGGGAAGGGAAGAGACCAGCGUGACUGAGUCGAGACCUGCUGGUCAAACUGAAGAGCAAGAGGGAACUGCAGAGGCAGGUUAUUCAGCCCGGAGAAGAGAAGGCUGCAGGGAGACCUAAAGGCAACCUUCCAGUACCUGAAGGGGACCUACAAGAGAGCUGGGGAGGGUUUGUUUACAAAGGCAUGUAGUGAUAGGAUAAGGGGGAAUGGCUUUAAAUUGGAGGGGGGAAGAUUUAAACUAGACAUAAAGAAGAGAUUCUUCAUGAUGAGGGUGGUGAAACACUGGCACAGAUUGCUGAGGGAAGUUGUGGAUUCCCCAUCCCUAGCAGUGUUCAAGGCCAGGUUGGAUGGGCCUUGGGCAGCCUGAUCUAGUGGGAUGUCCCUGGAGGUUGGAACUGGAUGAUCUUUAGGGUCCCUUCCAACCCAAACCAUUCUAUGAUUCAUUCUAUGAGUCUAAGUAAUGUGACGCAUAGCAGUCGGUCGAAAUAAAGGGUGCUGUUAAAACAUGCUCUAUCAAAAACUUUGUGUAGAUAUUCACGUAAUUCGAUUUGUUUUGGUUUUAAGUUGCUAGGAAUAUCAAAAUAGGAAUGAUAUGACCAAGGUUUAAGCAUGCCUGUGCAUGUUUGUGUGGUGGCCAGGCCUGAAUCUCAGGACAUCAGCUUAGUGUAAUGAAUAGUUCAAAAUAUAAACCGUCACUCUCACUCGUGGCCUGCACUCACCGAAGCAGAAUAAACCUUGGCAAUGACUAUGUAAGAAACAUUUGUAGAAACAAUAGCUCGGUUGUUUGGACAAACUGAGAUUUAGGAUUAACAGGGUGAUAAGAUUAGACCCUUCUUAUGAAACAAAGACUAUUUUAUAAGAUUGAUCUAGAAUACCCCAAAUAUGACUCUUUCAAACUUCAAAAGUGUUUUGAGAAUUUGUCUGACAUCAAUUAUUCACCAGACUUAUGUGUAGGUGAACUUGACAUUACAGACAACCAGAACUGACAGUGGCCUUUAUAGUGGGUUAUAAAUUUUUAGAGAUAAUAUGGCUUUUCUGGGGUCAGAAAACUUAAAGAGUAAGGAAGAAGAAGGACUGGGUAAAUCAGAGAAGAAAAAAUAUUUUGUUACAAAACAAUUUUCAUGUAUGUUAGGCAUUUCUCCUAUUACAACAUUAUCUUCUUUCUUCUGGAGAUAAUACAAUACCUCUGUGACUUUCACUCAUAGCAGCUGAUAUUGUAUAAAGUCCACGACAAGAAGAGUUCUCAUCCUUCUAUUUCCACUCAUAAAUUACAGUAAAGAUGCCCUUUUUUAUAGGUCCAGCAACCCACAGAAGAGAUUUUAAUAAAUGAGAUAGCAUGGGAAAAAGAGCUGGAAAUUUUCCCAAUAAAAUAUUUUCAGUUCCCAUUAAAAAGGCAUGCCUAUGGAAAGUCUGGGUGGAUAAGUUAAGAAGUCUUACCACAGUUCUGUUCUGAAGCAUCACAAAACAAGGGUCAGAACUUUAAAUGUAAGUCACUAAACUAAGAGAGUCUGAGACUUGCUUUGCAUCUGGAAUCUCUUCAGCCCAGAAGGAGAGCAGGUACCAUCAGGAAGGUAACACUGGGUUUGAUACUAUAUUUGUCUGAGCUGUCCUGGUGUCAGCAUUGAACAGAACAAGUCAAAAGAGACUCCUGACUUAAAAAGACCCAUAUAGUUUCUAAAGGUAUCUAUAAGGAUCAGGGGAACAUCUGUAAAGAUGUUACAUGUCCAGUCCUUCCCCUUCACGCAGCCACACAUCUCUACCUCAGGGAGCUUAUCAAAGUCAUUUCCCCAUAAGAUCCUCAAUUCUGUCUCAAACAGCUGAUCAAAUUUGUUUGUGGAAAUUUAUUGUUUAUCUUGAAGUUUAUUUGUGGGAGAAGAUUUUUUUUUCACUAGGAAAGCAGACAGUUCACAUUGGUUUACUUUGCACCCAUAUUCUUUCUGGGGCUUUUUGGUCCAGUGCCAGGGCAUGAAAGAAUGGCUCCAGACAGAAGCAUCGCUAAAAGCCUUUGGAGCUGACUAGAGACCUGAUGGAGUGUGGGGGAAAAAAAGCCCAGAAGUGAAAGCAGAUGUGGUGACAAUGAGACUGCAAAGGAGGAGAAAACAGCAGUAGGUUCUGCACUGUCAUGAAGAAAGUAUUUUCUGAGCAGAAUUUAAGGAUGAACUGCAAAAAGGAUUUAACAGUAGGUGAAUCCCUAUUGCCAUUAUUCUUUAAUUCACGUCAUAUUUACUUUUUACUGCCAGUGUCCACUUUGUGCAACUUGGAAAGCUGAUCGGAGUCACAUCAUAUCCUUGAAUUUUAAGCUUUUCAGGAUGAUACUGUGGAAAGACAUGCAAAGCAAACUAGAGUGCAAAACAACCUAGUGGUAGGAUCUCCUGUGGUUCUUCUGUUUUUUCUGUUUCAGAGGCUGACCAUCUUUGUAAGGUAAGAUUUUUUUUACAUCGGUGUGUAAAUUGGUUAGACAUAACUACCUGUAUAAUUUCACUUCAGUGUAU